AACCAUUCUUCUCAAGCUCCUUCCCCGGACAGGACACCACCGAUCCUGGUUGGCAACCAUGGCAGCCGCUGGCCACCUCAUCCUCCUGUCAUGCGUGCUCCUUCACGCCCUCCUCGCCGGUCCGGCGGAGGGUCUGGUCCGUGUCGCGCUGACGAAGCGGCCUGCGGACGAGGACGGACGCGUCGUCGCCGGGGAGGACGCGCAGCGCCUCCUCGCGUGGCGGCACGGCCUCGUCUACAACUCCGCCGCCGACGUGCCCAAAGAAGGCGCGGAGGGCCACGUCGUGGCGCUUAAGAACCACCUCAACGCCCAGUACUACGGCGAGAUCGCCAUCGGGACGCCGCCGCAGAACUUCACCGUCAUCUUCGACACGGGCAGCGCCGAGUUCUGGGUGCCCUCCUCCAAGUGCUUUCUCUCGAUUGCAUGCUACCUCCAUGCGAGCUACAAGGCCAGCAAGUCCACCACUUACAAGAAGAACGGAAAAAGGGUUGCACUUCAUUAUGGAACCGGUACAAUUUCUGGAUAUAUUAGCCAGGACAAUGUCCAAGUUGGUGGCCUAGUUGUAAAAAAUCAGGAUUUCAUCGAAGCUACCUUGGAACCGGGUAUAACUUUCAUGUUUAGGAAAUUCGAUGGCAUUCUCGGUCUUGGGUUUAAAGAAAUCGCAAAAGGCAAUGUUGAACCUGUCUGGUACAACAUGGUUAAUCAACAUUUGGUUGGUAGCCCCGUUUUCUCAUUCUGGUUCAACCGACAUGCCGACAAAGGGCAGGGGGGAGAAAUUGUGUUUGGAGGAAUUGAUCCUAAGCAUCACAAGGAAGAUCAUAAAUACGUUCCUAUUACUAAGAAGGGAUACUGGCAGUUUGAUAUGGGUGAUGUCUUGAUUGGAGGAAACUCCACAGGAUUAUGUGCAUCUCGAUGUGCAGCUAUAGCAGAUUCGGGAACUUCGUUGCUUGUUGGCCCCACAGCCAUAAUUGCUCAGAUAAAUGAAAAGAUUGGUGCGCCUGGAAUUCUCAGCCAAGAGUGCAAGGCAGUUGCUUCUCAGUAUGGGCAACGGAUCUUACAACUGAUGCUAGAUGGGAUCGACCCGACAAAAAUAUGUCCUUCUAUUGGUCUAUGCAUUCAGAAUGGAACUCAAGGUGUGAGCUUUGGUAUUCGGAAUGUGGUAGAUGAUGAAGCUGGGAGAUCAAAUGAUGCCAUGUGCCAUGUUUGUGAGAUGGCUGUUAUGUGGGCAAAGAACCAACUUGCACAGGAUCGAACACGGGAUCUUAUAUUGAAGUACAUUAAUAAGCUAUGUGACUAUAUCCCUAGCCCUAUGGGAGAAUCAUCAGUGGACUGCAAAAGACUUGAAUCCCUGCCCGACGUCGCCUUCACCAUCGGCGGCAAACAGUUUGCGCUCAAACCAGAGGAAUACAUCCUGAAGGUCGGUGACGGAGAUGCUACUCAGUGCAUUAGUGGAUUCAUAGCCAUGGAUAUUCCUCCCCCAAAUGGUCCUAUCUGGAUCUUGGGCGACAUAUUCAUGGGAGCCUAUCACACUGUCUUCGACUAUGGCAACAUGAAGGUUGGCUUUGCGAAGGCGGCAUAGGUAACCAGACGAGCCGCAAAGGAUUUGUCUUUCAUGACAUUUUCUUAUAGAUGUUUCAUAAUUCCCGUGUGGUUUAAGAUAAUAAACAUGUAUGUGUUUCAAAUUGGCCAAGAUACAGUCAUAAUUCAAUAUGGGAAGGAUUAAUAUUUA